UUUUUUUUUUUUUUUUUUAAACAACGCCCCAACGGAUGUUUCACGGACGAUGCAAUUUGGAGGAGACGAAUCGAAACAGCCAAUCAGAGCUGGCUGAGGGGCGGGCGGGACAGAUAAGCGAGGCCGAAGGAGGCGCGCGGAGCGGCUGCGCCCGAGCGGCCGGGAAGCGUCCUCGAAAGCAUCCUCCGGUCGCCCUGCCGUCAUGGCAUCGAAGUCCCAGGCCCCCAAGGAGCCCGAGCAGCAGCGGAAGCUCUUCAUCGGAGGACUGAACUUCGAGACGACGGAGGAGGGUCUGAGGAGCCACUUCGAGCGGUGGGGGACCCUCACCGACUGCGUGGUCAUGCGGCAUCCGGACACCAAGCGCUCCAGGGGCUUCGGCUUUGUGACCUACGCCACGGUGGAGGAGGCGGACGCGGCCAUGAGCGCGAGGCCCUACAAGGUGGAUGGCAGCGUGGUGGAGCCCAGGAGGGCCAUGUCCAGGGAAGAUUCGCAUAGACCCGGGGCCCACUUGACGGUGAGGAAGAUCUUCGUCGGAGGCAUCAAGGAAGACACGGAAGAGCAUCACCUGCGAGAUUACUUUGCACGGUACGGCAGGGUGGAAGUGAUUGAGAUCCUGACGGACAGAGGCAGCGGGAAGAAGAGGGGCUUCGCCUUCGUGACCUUUGACGACCCCGACUCGGUGGAUAAGAUCGUCAUUCAGAAAUACCACACUGUGAACGGCCACAACUACGAAGUCAGGAAGGCCCUGUCCAAGCAAGAGAUGGCUAGUGCUUCAUCCGGCCAAAGAGGCCGCAGCGGCUUUGGGAACUCGGGUGGUGGUGGUCGUGGGGGUGGGUUCGGUGGCAAUGACAGCUUUGGUCGUGGAGGCAACUUCAGUGGUCGUGGUGGCUUUGGUGACAUGUGGGGUGGUGGAGGGUACGGUGGCAGUGGGAACGGCUAUAAUGGGUUUGGUAAUGAUGGUGGUUAUGGAGGCGGCGGCCCUGGCUACCCUGGAGGCCAUGGAAGUGGUGGUGGGUAUGGUUACGGGAACCAGGGCAGUGGCUAUGGGGGGAGUGGCAGCUAUGACAGCUACAGCAAUGGAGGAGGAGGAGGGGGCUUUGGUGGUGGUAGUGGAGGCGGUUUUGAAGGUGGCGGAAGCCACAGUGAUUUUGGCAAUUACGAUCAUCAGUCUUCAAAUUUUGGAUCCAUGAAGGGAGGAAAUUUUGGAGGCCGAAGCCCUGGCCCUUACGGUGCUGGAGGCCAGUACUUUGCCAAGCCACGAAACCGAGGUGGCUAUGGCGGUUCCAGCAGCAGCAGCAGCAGCAGCCAUGGCGGUGGUAGAAGAUUUUAAUUACUGCCAGGAAGCAAAGCUUAGCAGGAGAGAAGUGACAGGAAGCUACAUGUUACAGCAGAUUUGUGAACUCACUAGCUGCUACAAAGAAGGCAUGUUUAGAUAAUACUAAUACGUAUGGCAAAAAUAAAAGAAACCUGAGGACUGUAUUGUGCCUAAGUGUAUAAAGGUUGUUUUAGUUUCUGUUCUGUGGAAAGUGUAAAGCAUUCCAACAAAGGAUUUUAAUGUAGUCUUUGUUUUUUUUCCACCCAUGGUGUUGAUUGUAAUAGUCUGAUCAUGACACUGAAUAAAUGUGUCUUUUUGAAAAGGA